CGCCCACCACCGCGGCGGCGCCAUGGCUGCGCGGGGUCUCCCGGCGCUAGCCAGAGCCGCCUCCGGGAGGCCACUGCCUAGGGCCGAAAGUUUCCGACAGCUGAUCAGCUCCGCCCUCCGCUCGGCUUCGGAGGGAGACCCGAGGCUUCCGGCGAGCCAAGAGUUAACCGCGGCCGAGAAGUACAUCGCCGAGCUGCACCGGGCCGCGUGCGCGGCUGGGCAGCUGAGCUAUGUGGACCCAGCUACCGGCUAUGUGGUUCUCACAAGGCUGGCCCACUUGCAGAGAGGUUCCUGCUGUGGUUCUGCCUGCAGACACAACAGCAGCCACCAGGAGGCCCUUUGUCUGACAGUGGAAGAGUUAUGCAGUAACAGAAGGCUGCUGCCCAGAGCUGGACCUCAGGCUUGGACCACUCAUAGAUUUUCAGAUCUUAAACAACAAAAAGGUUCCAGUGCCAAUAUUCAUUACAAAAUGGAAGUUCUUCUUAGCUGUAAAAUAUGUGAAAAGAAACCUAGUGACUCUUUAUUUUUUUAUUACUAUUUUGUUGUUUUUCAUGCCUGACAUUAAAUUGCCUCCAAAGCCUAUUGACCAUGUUGAUAGCUGGGUUCUUUGGUCCUCUAACCCUUUGGUUACUUUAGGAAGCACUCUGGGAGUGCCUGAAGCUUCCUUGCAUUAAAAUGCUGCUCUACUGGA